AUGACUGGUGAAAGCGAUCAAUCAAAAAUGUAUGAAUUGGCAUUAUUAUCUACUCAAGCAAAACGUUAUUCGGAUACAAUUAGUUUGUAUCAAAGUUAUUUAGCGUCUAAUCCAAAUAGUGAUAUUUCACCUUGUAAUCGUCUCUUGUUAUAUAAUGCCUUCAAUCAUCGAAUAAUUAAUGAAUGUUUUCACUCCUAUUCAAAAUUAACAUCAUUACACGGGAAUAAUUUAAGCAUAAGUCUAUUAAAAUUUGUUGAAACAAUUGAAAAUGAAAUUGAUUCUUUAUGUUUAACUAUAGUAAAAAUAAUUGACAAUUAUUUCUUAGCAUCACCAUUGAAUAAAGAUCAAGAUAUUAUUGAAACAUUAAGAAGACGAGGAGAUUAUUUAUAUUAUCAAUCCUCAAUUGCAAGACCAGGUGGAAAAUGCAUUAUGUUACAAGCGGCAUUAAGAUCGUAUACAGAAGGUGUUGAACGUUCUCGAUUAACAUUACCCAUAAAUAAUCAUGAACGAUUGAACGUUUUAUUACGAAAAUGUUCAUGUGAAACACAAUUGACGGGUACAAUUCAUUCGUCUUAUGAUGAAUUAAUUGAGACAAUGAAUGAAUUAACUGUGUAUUUGAACAACAACAAUACAACAGAUCAACAAUUAACAACAAUUAUCCAACAAAUGGAAAUAUAUAAACAAAAAUGGGAAAAUUUAAUAUAA